UUGCGUGUUGUUCAAGCGGCCAGCGAAAGGAGGGAAAAUUCUCUCUCUUUUAAAGCACCAGGGCAGCCAAUCCAACGUAGACCCCUGGUGGUGGUUCCAGUAACGGAAAUGGGGGAGGAGACGGAAGAGGAGGAGUUAUAUCGCUCGCAGGUGGCGUCGAUUCCGCCGCAGCGCGGGGCUCUCCCGAUGGCUUCCCGGCUUCAGUACCCCACGCCUCACCCCCAUUUCUUUCUCGGAUCCAACGACGACCAGCUCGAGCGCGCUCAGUCCCGCGCCGCCCGCUCCGCCGCCAUCCGCCUGAAAUCCUCCGCCCUCCACCCCCCUCCGCCGUUCUCCUCCUCCGACCGCCCCGGCUUCUUCGACACGGAGCAGAUCAUGGAGCUCUACCACAACUGCCUCCGGCUCGCCAGCGAGAACAAGAUAAACCAGAAGAAUACAUGGGAGCUGGGCCUCAUAGAUCAUCUCAGUGAGAUCAUCCGAGUCGAGGCCCAAGAUGAUAAUGAGACAAAUUUUCAAAAGGCUAGCUGCACUUUGGAGGCUGGGGUGAAGAUAUACUCGUUGAGGGUUGAUUCAGUGCAUUCCGAGGCUUAUAAGGUGCUCGGAGGGAUCAAUCGGGCAAGUCAAGAAGAUGACAACGAAAAUUUAACAGAGCGCAAUGUUAUCAGGACUGAACAAGAGGGGCAUAUUUCUAAAGACUUAGAUAAGAAGGUGUCACCUUUGUCAACAUUGGAAUCUUCAUACGAGGCUCUUAAUGUAAAGAAGUUUGGUGUGGCAUUUACUGUGGAUCCUCUAUAUCAUCAAACAUCUGCUCAGUUUGAUGAAGGCGGGGCCAAAGGUCUCCUACUGAACAACCUUGGAGUGUAUGGUAGCUGUCAUAUACAUUUUGCUUCAUCUGAAGCACCGGAAAUGAGUAUAAUGUUUACAGCGCAGACUGAAAAUUCUGAACUGAUUGACCUUUCAUUUGCUAAAGAAUUUGUUGAGCAAAUGACGGUCCACAUGCCUGCAAAACAUGACAUUUCACCAACUCUGAGUGAAAUUGUGAAUCAGUUUGAUCAACAUAAUGGCAGGCCAUCAGAUGUAUGUUCUGUAGGACAAAGGGCAGUGUUGGAAGAUGUAGUGGACAAUUUCCAAAUAGAUUUGGAAAGCAAUGCAUUUGAGAAUAAUGGUCCAUGGAGCUUUGAGUAUGAUGAUCACACAAGUGUUAUUGAUGACACCUGCAUCAGUACAGAUCAGAAUUGUAUUAGUGAUCAAGAGGGUAAUAGUGAUCAUACGUUCCAGGAAUGUGAUAUUGAUGAAAAACUUGGGAAUCUAGCUGAUUUGUUGCCUCUAGGCUUAGGAUUUUCUUCGAAACAUAAUGCCUGGGCGGGUCCUGAUCAUUGGAAGUAUCAGAAAACCAAAGGUCAGGAACAGAAGGUUUCAACUAAUAAUUCAGAACUGGCAACAAAAAGGUCAAAAAUCUAUAAGAAAUGUGAUUCCGAUAUUAGUUUUGCAAAUUAUGUGGAGGACAAGAUUCCAGAUAUCUUUUAUCCUCCCAAAAAUCCAAGGUUGAUUUCUCUGCCAGGGAGUAGGGUUGCCUGCAAUAUCAUGCUUCCAGAAGACCGCCACUACAAACCUGAGAAUCUUGUUAGAUUAUUUAUUUGUCCCAAUGUUUUGUGCCUUGGAAAGAAAAGGAGAAAACCCUUUGAUGUUUCAAGACAAGAAAACCACUCUUUCAAUCCAAUGCCAUCUUGGGACUGUGAAAGUAUGACAAAUGAUCGGUCUAAUGACAGGCAUGUCUAUAGUGAUGAAGAUGAUCCUGAUACUCUUGUUUGCCAACCUCGUCAGGUAAAUAAAGUUGAUGUUCAAUAUGACAAGGUUGCAAAACAAGUUGAUGUACAAUUACUAAAGGAAGUAAUAUGGAAUCAGAUACAAAACUCAAUAGAGAAGUCUGAAACGGAAUGUGAGGCUAUAGUUUCCUUCAGACAAAUCUUGCAGCAGUUUCCGCAUGGCAGCCCCGCCGCUCCACCUAAUAAAAUGUCCCCACAUCUGGUUUUCAUUUGCCUCUUGCAUUUGGCUAAUGAGCACUGCCUAAACAUCCAAGAUCGAACUAGCCUGGAUGAGCUUGACAUAAAAAUUCCCCUUUCCGCACUUGUGUAAGUAAUGUUCAUAUUGUCAUAUAAAAUAUUUAUCUGGAGCAGCUCGAAUGACCCGACGCCAGGCCACUACCUUGUUGAUUGUGGAGCUGUCAAAUCCCAUGUGUUUUGCAGAAUUUUUUUUUACCCCCGCUUUGUGUACAGAAGAUAUAGUAUUACUAACUUGUUAUCGUGUUUGUUUUCUUCCUUGCUCAAAUGCAACGACAAUAUGGUUGGUUACUGAAAUUGUAUUUUGUUUGCUGGCA